AUGGAAAAAAGAAAUAAAAAAGACAGCAACUAUGGGAGAGUUAUGUCGCGGGUUAUUAAUAGGUCUCGGGACAAUUUGAAGGCUGCUUCUACGGUAACAAGACAUGAAACUCCGACAGCUAUGCAACUUGGCGCGAAACCGAGUUCUUCAAAUUUUAGUCGGGGUGGUUAUCGUGAAUUACCUACAGUUCUUAAAGACUAUGUUCCUGAGUUAGCUAUUAAUAAAUCAAGAAAGUCGGAUGUUCGGGUAAAACCAAAGAAAACGUUGGAAUCACUAGACCCUGCUACAUCGCCUCUUUCUAAAAUAAAAUCGAACAAUUUGCAAAAUAGGAGCAGACGAACCCGUGGCUCUGCUCCAUCGUUAGUAAACACUAAUCAAAUAUUGUGGUCUGAUUCACACUAUCGACAGUGUCUAUCUAGUAGGUCUCAUACUAGGUUAAGGGAGUUGAAGGAUGAAAUCAAGGAGUUUGAAGAGAGGGAGAAGUUGUUAAAGAUUCGGAGUCAUGUGUACAAGAAGUGUGGGAUUGUGUUGAAUGAGGCAGGCCAGGUGUCCGCUGACAAGGCUGUACAAGUAGAGGAUGUUGGUGAUUCCGGUAACGUGAGCUGCGGUUACUUCACAGCGCGUUUAGUGUCGGAGAUAGACUCGCUCUCGGAAGGUCUUAACAAAUAUUCGAGCGUACUUGAAGUCAAUGUGCUUAAAGAGAAAGGUUCCACUGAAGGCCGCGCUGCUCUCAGGACUGAAACAGAUACAAAAAAUACAAAUAAUAACUCUGACUGUCCUCUGUAUGCUGCCCGCUCGUCCCCGGCCUCUGCUGACUGUGACGUAGCCCGCACGGUGCCGCUGCCUGCCGCUGCGUGCCGCUGCCCGAUUAGAAAGUUGUCGAUCUUGCGUCACUACGGGGUCGAUGUACCCUCGCUCUCCUUGCACACACACACACAAGCGAUGUUAGGCCUGUCGCGGACUGUGGAGGGUGGGGAGGGGGGGGGAGUCAUCUGUGUGGCGGUGUCACGUAAAGCUGUGACCCUGUCAGUCGCCAGACGCCACAUCCACUGA